AUGGCGCUGCAUCGCGCCCUUGGGGAGAUCUUUCAGAGCAUUCGGGAGUGCUCUCAGGAAGGCGAGCUAAUCGCAUGCGCCGACGGGUACCAACGUCUAUGCUUUCCGGUGUUGUCGGGUUGGAUCGCUGAUCAACCUGAGCAUUCAAACUUACAAAAUAUUAGUACUAGCUCUUGUCCAAGAUGCGAGGUGGAAUUCCACAGUCUUGGGAGCACUCGCCGGAGCCCUACGCGCGAUCACGAGGAUUACAGGGAGAGGGUAAAGCUAUUCAGGGAGAACCCGGGAAACCUGGGACCGGUGGAAUACCUUGUCGCGAGAUCAGUAAAGACACUCUUCAAUGCUUUCUGGGGUAUGCCGAGGGUUAAUCCAUACGAUCUCAACAAACCGGACAUUCUGCACAAUAUCUACCUAGGGAUGUUGAAGCACAUGAUGGAGUGGGUUCAGGCUUUCUUGAAGAAGCACAAUCGAUUGGAGGAAUUUGACAAGGCUUGGGCCUCGAUUGCGCCUUACCCUGGACUGGCAGUACUGAACAAGGCAUAUCGUGCCACAACCCAAUGGCAAGGGAAGGAGAUGAGAAAUCUGGGGCGGGUCGUUCUUGGAGCACUCGCGGCUGCUUUGAGAAACCCGGGGGUGGCUGUCAGGGGCGACUUUGCAAAGGCAUUGAAAUGUGUACGAGGCUUAAUCGACUUCCACUUAAUGGCGCAGUAUGGGAGUCAUACGACGAGCACACUGAAUUAUAUGGAGAGCUAUCUCGAGGAUUUCCAUAAGCACAAGGAUAUCUUUUUAGAAUUCCGGGCGUACAAGAGGACGGUUAAGGAUGCGAGAGAUCGGACAAAAGCUGUGAAGACCUCAGGCUCCCAGAGCGCUCAGCGAGGUUUGGAGGAGAUUCGCGAGAUAUACGGGAAAGGUCUCACUUCAACUUCAUCAAAUUGCACCGAACUCGCCCAUGUACGUCAGGUAAAAGAGGCAUACGGAGCAUCCAACAAGGUCGAUGCUGCAACGCAGAUACUGGACUAUGGGGGGCGGCGGUUGGCGUUAGAGAUUCGAAUGCUGAAUCUGAAAGACAUUGUUGGAGGUCCUGAGAGCACUGACGACAUCCUUUGGAGCCAUCGAGAUAACCUGAAGGAGUUACUUGAGAUUUUUAAAAUCGAAGACCGGAAAAAAACACCAAAUGAACGAUCCAUAGUAGAAGGCCGACUGCCUCUAAGGCGUCUUUGCAACCCCUCCACGAAAUCGGAAAGACUUUUCAAUAUUGCGGAUGGACUGCAAAUAAGCCAUACCACGUUAUAUCGCCUGAUAAAGGAGUAUGCAGAGGAUACGGGAUGCUCUCAAAGCUUUGCCGGAAGCUCUGAGAGCAUUUUAGAGCGCCGGGUGGAGAUGUUCACAUGUUUGCAGGUUCCGAUACCAAUCUUCCAAAGACCUGAGGUGUACGAGGUUCACAAAUAUCAGGUGUACGGGAAAACGCGGCUUUUAGGAAAGGGAAAAUAA